GAAAAAAUGAGUGGCCGCGGAAAAACCGGUGGUAAAGCCAGAGCCAAGGCAAAGACCCGCUCCUCCCGUGCUGGGCUCCAGUUCCCAGUCGGCCGUGUCCACAGGCUGCUGCGCAAAGGAAACUAUGCGGAGCGUGUCGGUGCCGGCGCCCCCGUCUACCUGGCGGCUGUGCUGGAGUACCUGACCGCUGAGAUCCUGGAGUUGGCUGGAAACGCUGCCCGCGACAACAAGAAGACCCGUAUCAUCCCCCGUCACCUGCAGCUGGCUGUCCGCAACGACGAGGAGCUCAACAAGCUGCUGGGCGGAGUGACCAUCGCUCAAGGCGGCGUGCUGCCCAACAUCCAGGCUGUUCUGUUGCCCAAGAAGACCGAGAAGGCCGCCAAGGCCAAGUAAACCUGGACACUCUUUAACUGCUGGA